UGGCUGCGGGCUGGGGAGUGAGGAAGAGGCGCUGCUGGAUGUGGAGGAAGGCUCGGGGAGGCCCGAGAACAUCAUGCUGCAGGACAAGGAUGUCCCCAAGCCUCUGAUCAAGAUCAUCGACUUCGGGCUGGCCCAGCAGCUGGAGGAUGGCGUCACCUUCAAGAGCCUCUGUGGGACCCCCCAGUACAUUGCUCCUGAAGUGAUCAAUUAUGAGCCGCUGAGCCCCGCGACAGACAUGUGGAGCAUUGGAGUCAUCACCUACAUUCUGCUCAGUGGCCUGUCCCCCUUCCAGGGUGAGACGGAUGCUGAGACCCUCUCCAACGUUGUGGCUGGUGCCUACGAGUUCGAGGAGCGCUGCUUCAGCCAGACCUCGGAGAUGGCCAAGGACUUCAUCCGCCAGCUGCUGGUGAAGGAGCCAGAGCGCCGCAUGAGCGCGGCCCAGUGCCUGCGCCACCCCUGGAUCAAGCCCCUGAGCGGGAAGCAGGCGCUGAGCCGGAGCCGUUCCUCCAUCAACAUGAGAAACUUCCGCAAGUUCAACGCCCGGAGGAAGUGGAAGCUCUCCUACAACACCGUGUCCGCCUGCAACCGCCUGCGCCGCACGCGGCCGCUCUGCCGCCUCGGCCGCGAGGACCAGGAGCUGCGCUGCUGUGAGAGCGACCAAGAGGAGGAGAGGAGCCCGCACACUGCUCUGCUGCGCCGGCGGAGGAACAGCUGCUCCUGAGCUCCUCCCAAAAACAACCGGGACCUCUGCGAGAGGAGCCUUGGGGGUCCCCCCAUCGCCCCAUCCCCGGGGGCAGGGGCACUGUCCAGCUCCUAAUUCCGUGGUGUUGGAGGGUCACUGGGGCAUCAGCACCCCACUCCUGCCCCCAGGUUUCGCCCAGGCCUGGGACCCUCCUCCCUGCUUUGUCCUAAUGAGAAAAAUAAAUGUCACCUCCUCCUCCCCAA